CCCAGAUGGAAGAGGAGCGGCCCCAUUUAUGCGGAAAAGAGAUUUACGCCAGGUUAACCUAACAUAAUUCUUUUCACUGAGUUCGAGUUCUAUCUCGACAAUAUCCCGCAAUGGAAGCAUUUGGACAACUUUAGGCGGUGGCACGAGAAUUGUGCGAUAAUUGAUACGCGUUGCGCCCUGACUAGGAAGAUUUCGACUGGAAACAAGACAACUUUAAGCCGGGUCCUCUACAUUAUUUGCGGGAAAUGAAUGCGUGCAAAAGGUCGCGUUGGUGUAUUAGCGCCUCGGUUCAAAUCACCGAAAGAUCAAAUUGAUAGCAAACCAGGACAAUGAGCAUAGCUUUCUAAUUAAGAACCUGAUCGUCCACUAAGACAUAUCCUGACGGGGUGGAGAAGCUGUUGGCGAGGAUAAGCAUGCCUGACUACAUGAGCAGCAGAGAGGCUGAAGAAGAGAGAUGCACUGUAUAUCGUGCAUUAAUUCGAGGUGAUAGGAAUGUGCGUACGGGUCGUUCAUUCUUAGAACCUCCGGCAAGCUGAGGCCCCCUGGAGCGCCAAAUAGUUCAAAUGCGCAAAGCGCCCUUCAGUAUUCAGUCUGCCUUUGUAACUUUUACCCACAGUAUCUUAAACUUCUAGUUGGGACGCAGGUCAUUACGCCUCGCGCAACCCAACGGUAGGACCCCUUCCGUUUCCGUCUAAAAUCAACCAUGCGUGAGGUCAUUUCCAUCCACAUCGGCCAGGCCGGUAUCCAGGUUGGCAAUGCCUGCUGGGAGCUCUAUUGCCUUGAGCACGGCAUUCAGCCUGACGGCCAGAUGCCAUCGGACAAGACCAUCGGUGGUGGAGACGACGCCUUCAACACCUUCUUCUCCGAGACUGGCGCCGGCAAGCACGUGCCGCGCUGCAUUUUCCUGGACCUGGAGCCCACUGUCGUGGACGAGGUCCGCACCGGCACUUACCGCCAGCUGUUCCACCCUGAGCAGCUGAUCUCCGGCAAGGAGGAUGCCGCCAACAACUUCGCCCGCGGCCACUACACAAUCGGCAAGGAGAUUGUUGACCUGGCCCUGGACCGCAUCCGCAAGCUGGCCGACAACUGCACCGGUCUGCAGGGUUUCUUGGUCUUCAACGCCGUUGGUGGCGGCACUGGCUCCGGCUUGGGUUCCCUGCUGCUGGAGCGUCUGUCGGUUGACUACGGCAAGAAGUCCAAGCUGGGCUUCACUGUUUACCCGUCUCCUCAGGUGUCGACGGCUGUCGUCGAGCCAUACAACUCGGUCCUGUCCACCCACUCCCUUCUGGAGCACACCGAUGUUGCUGUCAUGCUCGAUAACGAGGCCAUCUACGAUAUCUGCCGCCGCAGCCUGGACAUCGAGCGCCCGACCUACACCAACCUCAACCGCCUGAUUGCCCAGGUUAUCAGCUCCCUGACUGCUUCCCUGCGCUUCGAUGGUGCUCUUAACGUCGAUGUGACUGAGUUCCAGACCAACCUGGUGCCGUACCCCCGCAUCCACUUCAUGCUCAGCUCCUAUGCCCCCAUCAUCUCGGCUGAGAAGGCCUACCACGAGCAGCUGUCCGUCGCCGAGAUUACCAACGCUGCCUUCGAGCCCGCUUCGAUGAUGGUGAAGUGCGAUCCACGUCACGGCAAGUACAUGGCUUGCUGCCUGAUGUACCGUGGCGAUGUCGUGCCGAAGGACGUCAACGCCGCUGUGGCCACUAUCAAGACCAAGCGUACCAUUCAGUUCGUCGACUGGUGCCCCACCGGCUUCAAGUGCGGUAUUAACUACCAGCCGCCGACCGUGGUGCCUGGUGGUGACUUGGCCAAGGUGCAGCGCGCUGUCUGCAUGAUCUCGAACAGCACUGCCAUUGGCGAGAUCUUCAGCCGUCUUGACCACAAGUUCGAUCUGAUGUAUGCUAAGCGUGCGUUCGUGCACUGGUAUGUCGGUGAGGGCAUGGAGGAGGGCGAGUUCUCCGAGGCGCGUGAGGAUCUGGCAGCUCUGGAGAAGGACUUCGAGGAGGUCGGCGCUGAGUCCGCUGAGGGCGCUGGCGAGGGCGAGGGCGAGGAGUACUAGACGGAUAGAAGCGGUCUUUUGACUCCGUGCAUUUGUCCUCCUGCAAUGUGAAACUGCAUUAUUGUGUAACCAUUGACGGAAGUA